GUGUGCUACUUUUGACCAGGAUAUGAGCACUGGGCAGCAGAAGUUCUGCUCGCACCUCCACACAGGCAUCUCGGACGAGUGGAGUCUGGCCUCUUCCUCCACGGUCAUACACGUACACACUGAGCGGGUGUUGUCCUCUAACGCACGGAAAGGAUUUAGAGUUCACAAUCUAAAGUGCAAGGCACAUCAUUUCUAAUUAUUAAGAGUUAGAGGGAUAACCGUAAAAGAUGACGACCGUUAUUGAGACGCAGGUUCAGUAUAACAACACCUACAUGAUGUCUACUACGGAAGACUACAUGACUCAGGAGGACAGCUGGGACAGGGAUCUUCUGCUGGACCCUGCCUGGGAGAAACAGCAAAGGAAGACGUUCACAGCGUGGUGUAACUCUCAUCUGCGUAAAGCGGGAACUCAGAUCGAGAACAUUGAAGAGGAUUUCAGGAAUGGGCUGAAACUCAUGCUGCUGCUGGAGGUCAUCUCAGGUGAGAGACUGCCCAAGCCUGACAAAGGAAAGAUGCGUUUCCACAAGAUCGCCAACGUCAACAAAGCUCUGGAUUAUAUCUCUAGCAAAGGAGUCAAACUGGUGUCCAUUGGUGCUGAAGAGAUUGUUGAUGGCAAUGUGAAAAUGACUCUUGGAAUGAUCUGGACCAUCAUUCUUCGUUUCGCUAUCCAGGACAUUUCUGUGGAGGAGACGUCUGCUAAAGAGGGUCUGCUGCUGUGGUGUCAGAGGAAGACGGCCCCCUACAGGAACGUCAACGUACAGAACUUCCACAUCAGCUGGAAGGACGGCCUCGCUCUGUGCGCCCUUAUCCACAGACACAGACCAGACCUCAUCGACUACUCUAAACUCAGAAAGGACGACCCUAUUGGAAACCUGAACACUGCGUUUGAGGUGGCAGAGAAGUACCUGGACAUCCCGAAGAUGCUGGACGCUGAAGACAUCGUCAACACCCCUAAACCUGAUGAGAAAGCCAUCAUGACCUACGUGUCCUGCUUUUACCAUGCUUUCGCCGGUGCCGAGCAGGCCGAGACCGCGGCUAACAGGAUCUGUAAGGUUCUGGCUGUGAACCAGGAGAACGAAAGGCUGAUGGAGGAGUACGAGAAACUGGCCAGUGAGUUGUUGGAGUGGAUCCGUCGCACCAUCCCGUGGCUGGAGAACCGUGUGGCGGAGCAGACCAUGCGUGCCAUGCAGCAGAAGCUGGAGGAUUUCCGCGACUACAGGCGCGUCCACAAGCCUCCACGCGUUCAGGAGAAAUGCCAGCUGGAGAUCAACUUCAACACCCUGCAGACUAAACUCCGCCUGAGCAACCGCCCGGCCUUCAUGCCCUCCGAGGGCAAGAUGGUGUCGGAUAUUGCUAAUGCAUGGAAAGGUCUAGAGCAGGUAGAGAAGGGUUAUGAGGAAUGGCUCCUCACCGAGAUCCGUCGUCUGGAGAGACUCGAUCAUCUGGCGGAGAAGUUCAAGCAGAAAUGCUCCCUGCAUGAGUCCUGGACCACAGGAAAGGAGCACCUGCUGUCUCAGAAGGACUAUGAGACAGCCUCUCUGAUGGAGAUCAGGGCUCUGAUGAGGAAGCACGAGGCGUUUGAGAGCGACCUGGCCGCUCACCAGGACCGAGUAGAGCAGAUCGCAGCCAUCGCUCAAGAGCUGAAUGAGUUAGACUAUCAUGAUGCUGCGUCAGUGAACACCCGCUGCCAGGGCAUCUGUGACCAGUGGGACAACCUGGGAACCCUGACCCAGAAGAGAAGAGACGCUCUAGAGCGUGUGGAAAAACUUUGGGAGACGAUUGAUCAGCUGUACCUGGAGUUCGCCAAGAGGGCGGCGCCCUUCAACAACUGGAUGGAUGGAGCCAUGGAGGAUCUGCAGGACAUGUUCAUCGUGCACAGCAUCGAGGAGAUCCAGAGCCUGAUCACAGCUCACGACCAGUUCAAGGCCACCCUGCCAGAAGCCGAUAAGGAGCGCAUUGCCGUGAUGGGCAUCCAGAACGAGAUCACAAAGAUCGCCCAAACCUAUGGCAUCAAGCUGGUCGGAGUCAACCCCUACACGGUCCUCAGCCCGCAGGACAUCACCAACAAAUGGGAGGCUGUGAAGCAGCUGGUUCCCCUCAGAGACCAGAUGCUGCAGGAGGAGGUUGCCAGGCAACAGGCCAACGAGAGGCUGAGGCGCUCCUUCGCCGCUCAGGCCAACAUCAUCGGACCCUGGAUCCAGACCAAGAUGGAGGAGAUCGGUCAUGUGUCGGUGGAUAUCGCCGGCUCUCUGGAGGAACAGAUGAAUAAUCUGAAGCAGUACGAGCAGAACAUCAUCAACUACAAAUCCAACAUUGACAAACUGGAGGGAGAUCACCAGCUCAUUCAGGAGGCACUUGUCUUCGACAACAAACACACCAACUACACCAUGGAGCACGUCCGUGUGGGCUGGGAGCAGCUGCUCACCACCAUCGCUCGCACCAUCAACGAGGUGGAGAACCAGAUCCUGACCCGCGACGCCAAGGGCAUCAGCCAAGAGCAGCUCAAUGAGUUCAGAGCCUCCUUCAACCACUUCGACAGGAAGAGAAACGGCAUGAUGGACCCCGACGAUUUCCGCGCAUGUCUCAUCUCUAUGGGUUACGAUCUGGGUGAGGUGGAGUUCGCCCGCAUAAUGACCCUGGUGGACCCCAACAACACGGGAGUGGUGACCUUCCAGGCCUUCAUCGACUUCAUGACACGCGAGACCGCUGAGACAGACACUGCUGAACAGGUCAUGGCCUCCUUCAAGAUCCUGGCCUCCGACAAGCCCUAUAUCACAGUGGAGGAGCUUCGUCGUGAACUCCCACCCGAGCAGGCCGAGUACUGCAUCAGCCGCAUGACCAAGUACGCCGGCCCCGAUGCGUCCCCUGGAGCCCUGGAUUACAUCUCCUUCUCCAGUGCCCUUUACGGAGAGAGCGAUUUAUAAACGCUCUGAGUGUAUUUCAUUUUCUCCAAGCCCCUGAAUGUAGCUUUCAAUUUGCAAGAGAGUUAGCAAUAUCCCUCAUUUCCCCUCUCUGUUUUUCUGUCUGCUAGCUUUAACAUCAUAUUUGUUUUACAUCCACUCUGUUAAGGCCGUGUAACAGGGGGUUUUAAUCUCGCUGUCACUCAAAUUAUUUCCAAUUUGGAUGUCAAACAGUCAGCAUGGAGUCAACAUGGAAUUAAAGCAACCCUAUUUAUGUUCCUAAUACAUGUUGUUGUGAAGACUUCUUUAGUGCAUGUUAUGCCAAAGAAUCUUUGUUUAUGAUCUUCCACUGAAAUAUAAUAACUUGAUCCGCCUCUGAAGCAACUUUAAUUUUCAGAUGAUGUCAUCUAGGCCAGAAAUAGUGAAAUAGCUGCAGUCACAAUUUUAAUAGUAAAAUGGUUUAUAAACACGGUUUCAAGUGCAAUUUUCCCUCUCUGUGCCAAAUAAAACCUUUCAACAUGAUAAAAUAUAUACUAAAAAAAAGUGUGUUUGUUGAUGCUAAAGAGCGCUUGUGAAGAUGCAUGCUGCGUUUAUUCUACAGACAUUAAAAUGCAAGAGAGUCCCCCUCUUUGUUAAGUCUGUACUUUAUUUUAAGACCCCAAAAAAGCACUACUGCUGUCAAGUGUCUUCUUAAUAUGAAACUGUGAGAUCAACUAAAUAGUCUUUACACAGAAUUGUGUGUAUCUGGUAUGUAUGUCUUCACUGUUCAGAGGCAAAUUCAUUAUUUGUUUUCAUUUCAUUUGGACAGUUUGUGCCAAGAUUAUCAACCAAAGCCAGUAAAUGAAUUCAAAGAUGUAAUGGCAGAGUGUAUGUGUUGUACUGACCGGAAAGGUUUCUGCUAGCCAAAGAGCUGAUUGAGGAAAACCAGGUUUUCCUUAAACUGUAAUUUAAAGGGCUGGUUCACUCAAAAAUAAAGCUCUGUCAUCAUUCACUCA